AAUAAAAAUGUGACAAAGUUCCCUGUUGUGUGAUAGAUGACAAGAUAAGUGACUGCAUAUAAGUGCUGGUCUUUGUCCUGGGUUUUCUGCCGCUGCACAGGAAAGCUGAGGCUUCAUGCUGACUGGUUAUCAUCAACAUCUCCAUCAUGAAAACACUGGCCGUGUCUGCACUUGUUUGUGCCCUGAUUGCUCUGACCAGAGCUGCUGAGGCAGAGGCCAGAAAGGAUUUAGCAGUAAAAAGUCUCCUGGUCAAGAGGGCAGCGUCUUGUCCUCCUCGCUGGUCUGAGUACAAUGGCCGUUGUUUCUCCUACAUUCCAAGAGCCAUGACUUGGGCUAAAGCUGAGAAAAACUGUCUGUCCAUGAAUGCAAACCUCGCAUCUGUACAUAACCUAGAGGAGUACCAUGAGAUUCAACGGGUGAUAAUGACCACUAGUUAUGAGUAUAAAGAAUCGUGGCUUGGAGGCUCUGAUGCACAAGAGGAGGGGGUUUGGUUGUGGAGUGACGGUUCACGUUUCGACUAUCUGAACUGGUGUCCUGGACAACCUGACAACCGAUACGGUGGCCAGAAUUGUUUACAAAUGAACUUUGGAGGUGAAAAGUGUUGGGAUGAUACCGCGUGUAACAUUCGUCGCCCAUUCGUCUGUGCCAAGAAAAUCUGAUGAUUCCUGGGCUGACAGAGGUGUGAAGUAUAUGUCAGAGCACAAACACCAUCAGUCUCCUAUAACAUGAAAUCUCUGUAUCUUCUUUUAUAACUUUCUUUCUGUCGCUGUAACGCUACUUAAGGAAUGAAGCAACAAGUGACAUAAACAGGAGCUGGACUGUCUCUUAGACUUUUUUAAGAGCAAAAUGAACAGGUUAAGUAAAGAAUGCUUUAAGCACCUUGUUAUUGAGAGUGAAUUGUUCUUUCUUUAUGUAAAAUUAAAAGGCUCAAACACUGA